AACUCCUCCUCUGACGUCAGCUACCUGCUUCUCCCUCCUUCCACAAACUACAAGAGGGGAGAGCGCGGAUCGAAUCCCUAGCAAUAUCAGGGGUGUGGGAAACGAAGGAAGGAGAGUCCUCUGUGCUUGUGCAUCCAAGUCGCCUCCUAUCUGUUCGCAUCCCGUCCCCCGCGAAACCCACCGCUCUCAGAAACCUGGCAGUGAAGAACAAUUUGAUCCUAAUUCUAAAUUCAACACACUCUCUUGGCUUCAGCACACUGGUGCACAAAAUUCAUGGCUUCAGAGACAGGGAGGAAGCUCUUGCAGAUUGAUGUGAGCUCAGAUACAGUGUGCCCUUGGUGUUUUGUUGGUAAAAAGAACCUCGAGAGAGCAAUGGAGCAAACCAAGGACAAGUAUAAUUUUGAGGUCCGUUGGCAUCCAUUCUUUCUGAACCCUGAUGCGCCUAAGGAAGGCAUCAGGAAAUCUGACUUCUACAAGAUGAAAUUCGGCCCUGUUCAAUUUGAGCGUGCAACAUCUCGCAUGACAGAGAUAUUUCGAGGACUUGGACUUGAAUAUGACAUGUCAGGGUUGACUGGGAAUACGAUGGAUAGCCAUAGGCUCAUAACACUUGCUGAACAUCAAGGCUAUGACAAGCAAAAUGCUCUUGUGGAAGAAUUAUUCCAGAGUUACUUUUGCCAAGGAAAGUAUAUCGGUGACAAGCAGGUUUUGCUGGAUGUUGCAAGAAAGGUGGGCAUAGAAGGGGCAGAAGAGCUGCUUGAAGACCCUAGCAGAGGAGUCGAUGAGGUUCAGGAAGAACUCAACAAGUACUCAUCUGCCAUUUCCGGGGUCCCUCACUUUGUGAUCAAUGGAAAAUAUCAACUCAGUGGUGGCCAGCCUCCAAGUGUAUUCAUGAGGGCGUUUGAGAUGGCUGCAAAAGAUAAAGCUUAAGUCUAAGGAACUCCUAGUAUGCUUGUGUAUGUUUGAAGGGAUAAAAAUUGGACUCCAGAAUUUAACAAUAAAGUUGGAGUACAAUUACUAGCUGAUUGUGAAAGAACAUGUGGAAUUAUUUGUAUUUCCAUAAUUUUGAUGUGGUGAUAAUUAGUGGUGAACAUAUUUGAAUAAAUUUUUUAGGUGAUAGGAUAUGGCAGCUGGGUCAGAAUGUCGCAAAAGUUGAAUCUACUCUAUAUUCAUAUUUGAUGGGAAUGGGAUACUCUGA